AGCGCGUGAACGCCCGCACGCACACGCUCGCAACGAUGGCCCUCUGCAUGUCCACCUCGGCGUCCGUCGCCAAGGUUGCCCGCCCCGCGGUUCGCGCCUCCGCUGAGGAGAAGCCCGCGUCGGUGCCCAGGCGCGUCACCAACGCACUCGCCGCCGCGGCUCUCAGCGCCUCCAUCGCGCUCGCCGGUCCCGUCUCCAGCGCCAACGCGGAGAUCCGCCUGCCCCCGCUCGACCCCGAUCCCGAGCGGUGCGAACGCGCGUUCGUGGGGAACACCAUCGGGCAGGCCAACGCGGUGAGCGACCGCAUCCUGGACCUCCGCCAGUGCAACUACGUGGACAAGGACCUGUCGACCAAGACUCUCUCCGGCGCGCUCAUGGUGGACGCGACCUUCAAGGGCGCGAACAUGACCGAGGUGGUCAUGUCCAAGGCGUACGCGGUGAAUGCCGACUUUACCGGCGCAAACUUCACAAACGCCGUGGUGGACAGGGUGACGUUCGACGGCGCUAACCUCUCGAACGCCAACUUUUUCAACGCGGUCAUCACCGGCGCCACCUUCGAGGGCACCAACCUCGCGGGGGCGCAGUUCGAUGAGGCGCUCAUCGGCAAGGAGGACGUCAAGAAGCUCUGCGAGAACCCGACGCUCGUGGAGGAGACCAGGUUCCAGGUUGGGUGCAGGAACUGAUGAAGAAAAUCAGGGGUGUCCGCGGGGAGGGUUUAGAGUUGUCAUAACACGCACGUGAAGAA